AUGGACAGGGAUGACCAUGUGCCCGGGGAUGGGUAUGUGACGAACGUCCACUUCUCCCUGACUGGGGUGGAGGGCACCCCACCACGGGAGAUCUGCGACUUUGUGCAUGUGAAGGAGUGGGACUUCAAGGUCUGCAACCUGGAGGGCAACCUGCCUACCUACCUUGGCGGGAACCUCUCCUGCCUCCCGGUGCUCGAAGAGUGGGACUUUUCCAGGAACCACAUGACUGGGCCCAUCCCGGAGUCCACAGGCACCAUCCCACGCCUGGUUCGGCUGAAGAUGCAGGGCAACCACCUGACGGGAAGCAUGCCGGAGUCGAUGGGGGACCUCAAGGCCUUGGAGUGGAUCAGGAUCUUUGACAAUGAGUUGGAGGGCUCGUUCCCGGACUCGUAUAAGAACGUCAAUGGACGCAUGACGCAGCUGGCCAUUGGCGGCAACAAGUUUGAGGGCACCCUGUACAAUUUUGCCAACGUCCGCGCGCAGAAUGCCAACCUAACCUAUCUCCCCAACAUGUGCGGCAUGAUCCCUGUGGGCAUCCAGUUUGCCAAUGGCUACGACCUCGGCGGCUCCCCCGGCCUGGGUCUGCCCUGCCCAGAGGAGGUGGCCGGUGGCUGGCCACUGCCAUCCUCGGCGUAA